GUACUCCAUGUAAGCGGUCAAAUCGAUAUUAUGCGACAAGAUUUGGUUGAAUUUUCCAGCAGCAAAUCCGAUCCAACUAAAUUUUUUAUGAUUAUUAAAGGUCUCAUUCACAAGCAUCAGAGGAUCAUCAUUUUAUCGGAGAAUAUUGAAAAUCUGUUUUCGUUGAUCGCGUUGAUGCAAAUUCUCUUGAAUACCAUAGUUAUCUGUUGCACCGGUUUUGUGAUCAUAAUUACCAUCGAUAACGACGUAGGUGUAGCGGGUUUGAUUAAAUCUGUGAGUUAUUAUCUCAUGAUAACACUGGAGGCUUUCGUUUUCUGCUUCACUGGAGAAUUUUUGAGUACUAAGAGCAAAUCGAUUGGCGAUGCACUGUAUGAGUUACUGUGGUACAAUAUGUCGCCGAGCGACAGUCGGAUUUUAUUAUUUAUGAUAUUAAGAUCUCAAAAGCGGCUGACGAUCACCGCGGGAAAAGUCAUUGACUUGACUUUGGAGGGCUUUACAAGU